AUCGCACUCGUAAUCAGUGCCGAAUAAAGACGUGCGUAUAUAGAAAAGUAUAGCUUCGUCGACGGUAAUCGAGUGCAACGUACAGCCUACGCGUAAACCUACAUGAAUACCGUAUACGCAAGUACGAAAAAUAGUCGUCUCGUUUCGAUCCGCACGAUUAAAAAAGUUUUAAGAGGUCGCUGUGUUCGUCGACCUUGCUUCGACUUUGCCGAGUCAAGGUAUGACAACGAUACGAGCUACUCGAGGAUAGUCAAGAAUUCGAUCAGCAGUUGGAACGCUGUACAAAGUUCGUUGAAAUUAACACAGGACGAUAACGCGUUAUUCGUUGUUACACCGAAUAUCAUAUCGAGAACGAUACAUCAUUCAUCCGAAAUUAUGGCACUAAAUAAACUCAGCAUCGACAAGGUUGAUCUUGCGAACAAGCGUGUUCUGAUUAGGGUGGACUUCAACGUGCCCCUGAAGGAUGGCAAAAUCACCAAUAAUCAAAGAAUCGUCGCUGCCUUGGAUACGGUGAAAUACGCUUUAGAAAAGAAAGCUAAGUCCGUUGUUUUAAUGUCACAUUUGGGCCGGCCAGACGGCAACCGAAACGAGAAGUACACGCUAAAGCCAGUCGCAGAAGAAUUAAAAACUUUACUUGGGAAAGAAAUUCUGUUUUUGAAUGAUUGCGUCGGGCCAGAAGUAGAGGCUGCUUGCGCUGAUCCAGCACCUGGAACGAUUAUCUUGCUCGAAAAUUUAAGAUUCCACGUAGAGGAAGAGGGCAAAGGAGUAGGACCAGACGGAAGCAAAGUAAAAGCGGACAAAGACAAAGUGCAGGAAUUCCGAAAAUCGUUACGGAAAUUGGGAGACGUUUAUAUUAAUGAUGCCUUUGGUACGGCUCAUCGUGCUCACAGUUCUAUGCUCGGAGAGGGAUAUGAAACGAGAGCGAGCGGUUUUCUUUUGAAGAAAGAAUUGGAAUAUUUUGCCAAAGCGUUGGACAAUCCCGUGAGACCGUUUUUGGCGAUUCUGGGAGGCGCAAAAGUCGCCGAUAAAAUACAACUGAUCAAUAAUUUGCUGGACAAAGUUAACGAAAUGAUCAUAGGUGGUGGAAUGGCUUAUACGUUUUUGAAAGUAUCGAAGAAUAUGAAGAUUGGUAAUUCAUUAUUUGACGAGGAGGGUGCAAAAAUUGUCAACGAAAUAUUGUCGAAGGCUGAGAAAAAUAAGGUACAAAUACAUUUACCCGUCGACUUUGUAACCGCGGACAAGUUUGCGGAAAACGCGGCUGUCGGUGCAGCGGAUGUAGAAAGUGGUAUACCCGACGGUUGGAUGGGUCUCGACGUUGGCCCCAAAUCGAGAGAAUUAUUUAGUGAACCCAUUAAAAGAGCGAAAACGAUCGUUUGGAACGGGCCAGCCGGUGUUUUUGAAUUUGAAAACUUCAGUAAGGGUACGAAGACUCUGAUGGACAAUGUCGUAGAAGUGACGUCGAAAGGUGCCAUUACCAUAAUUGGCGGUGGCGAUACGGCUACUUGUGCCGCUAAGUGGAAGACCGAGGAUAAAGUAAGUCACGUAAGCACCGGUGGUGGUGCGAGUCUAGAACUUCUCGAGGGAAAAGUUUUACCAGGAGUUGCAGCCCUUUCCCCAUCAUAAUUCGUCCGAUAAGUGGUCGUCGUAUCAAAUUUAUGUCGCGGAAAUCAAGUGAAGGGAAAGAGGAUCGGACGUUUUGUUAAGUUAUACGUCUUCGUUUCGGCAGUUUCUUUACGAUUUACGCGACGAUCGUUAUCCUUAUCGUUGUUGGAGCGUUCGAUUGCAAAGAGAACAAAAUACGAGUAAAUAGUAUGUAAACAUCUGUUAUAGCGGCUAUUAUACAUAGUAGUUAAAAACGAUGUAAACUAUGGCUAUUAUAUUUUUCCCGCACAAUAAAACAUCCAACGAAGGUUUAGUUAAGAGAAAA